AUGAAAAAGAAGCAUUGUACAUUCCUUCCUACUGCAAGUAUGGGAAGUAGACCUGCCCAAAUUGACGAAAGGCUCACCCACCGCAUUAUCUAUGCGUUCUUAAAUGAGGAAUUCAUAACGACCACCCAAUCCGAGAGACAGCUGUGUGGUGAAGGUUUUGCUGUGAAGGCUCCAGCAAUCCGUACCUUGUUGAAAGCAUCUGGAUUCACCUGUACCUUGGAACCACCUCCGAAGCAGCGCUUGGAGUUCGCCAGGAACUACAUAAACUUCACCGUAGAUGACUGGAAGUGUGUAGUCUUCUCAGACGAGUGUAAGGGUAAGACUUUCCCUGUUCGUGCUGGGGGACACGUUAUGGUUUGGGGAUGCUUUUCGCCCAGAGGUCACGGAGAGCUUGUUAAGGUCAAUGAGACCAUGACCAGCCCAAAACAUGUAGACGUUUUGGAGCCAACCAGCUCAAUGAAGGAAUUGUGGACCCGUUUCCGAAAUGAGUGGGAUAGCAUCCCAGAGGAGAUGGGCCAGAAUCUUAUUGCAUCAAUGCAAAGCAGAAUGCAUAAAUGCAUUUUGAAGAAAGGGUAUCUUAUUGCCGAAAAAUAA